CGACUUUUCGUCCAAUUCACGCGCAAUGGGCCAACGAGCGCUCCUUGUGGCCAUGGCCUUUAUGGUCCUUCUUGCAGGCACCCACGCAGCCGUGACGUACACGCCUCCGGGCUGUGCUGGUGGCUCGUACAACUUUGGUCUGCUCGACGGUCUUGCUGCCUACUUUCCCAUGGAGGGCACGGCUAACUCGGUCGCGCCUGGCGCAGCCAUGCCGUUCAAUCUCGCUGGCAGCCCGACGUUCCCGGCAGGUGUUGCGGGACAAGCGGUGGCGUUUGUGACACAGCAUUCAGGCUCGUCACCACCGCCAACUACGGUCAUGGCUGCGCAUCGCCUCGCGAACGGGGAGCCUGUGGCCGAGCCUCUGCUCUGGGGCGAGUCGGGCACAACUUCCGAGUACGUUAAGCAGGCGACCAUCUCGUUGUGGGUCAAGCUGGUCGACAUCGAGUUUUCUGGCGGCAGUGAGUCGAACGCAAGAAUGGGUCUGUUUUGCCCCUCCCGAGGCAUCACACCUGUUGCCAGCAACGAAGGCAUGUGCAUUAUGUUGGGGAUGUCAGGUGGCAACGUGCGCGUCAUCGUCAUUGCGGCCGAUACAGUAGUGUUUUCUUCAGACAUCAACAUUGAUCGCAACUCGUUGUUGGAGUGGACCCAAUUGACCGUGACCUGGAAGCGUGCCUCGGAGACGGCAGCGAACGCUGGCUUUGUGUACAUCAAUGGCACCGUGCAUGGUGGCGUGGUCAACACUCUGAACAACAUCGCCGACACUGCUCAGCUCACCCCAACCGAGUUUGUCUUGGGACAGAACGACCGCUACUUCUCUACAUCUUCUUUCCCAGCUGGCAAUGCAGCGCCGCUCGGCUUCUGGGGCCCGACCUUUACCUCGUUCCGCAGCGAGGUGUGGAUUGACAACCUUGCGAUGUGGAACCGUGAGCUGACUGCGGCAGAGAUUUCUCUGCUGACGAGCGACCUGAAUCCGAUCGCGAGUUCAAGUGCCGGCUCAUGUAGCUGCAAUUCGGGCAGUUUCUACAACGCCACGGCACUUGCAUGCGUGCCGUGCGAGAGCCCGUGUGCCGAGUGUUCAGGCUCGGCGACGUCUUGCACAGCGUGCCUGCCUCGGUUCGAGAAUGUGCCGACGUGCUCGCUGUCUUGUGCGUCCAAGUGCGCGGCGACCAAGUGCACUGUCGCGGACGAGAACGAGUGCACCGAGUGCACAGCCGGAUUUGCCAACGCGCCUGCGUGUGCGGCUAUUUGCGCAUCGCAGUGUGCAACGUGCCUGACAACCAACGGCACGUCGUGCGAGACGUGCGCGGCCGGGCUCAUUAACCCGCCUGGGUGCUCUGACCCGGCUCCGCCGGCCGGGUCGGGAACAUCACCUGCGGCUACGCCUGCGCUUGCCGAUCCCAAGUCGAGCUCGUCGGUUGCGCUGUACGCCGGCAUCGGCGGCGGCCUGCUUCUCUUCCUUGUGGUGGCCAUUGUGGUGCUGCUGUUCUUCAAGUGGCGGAACAAGUCGGUUGACUUUGCGGCGCUGAUGUGCCCGCCGCUGGCGAGCGACGGGUGGGCGCGGAUGUUCCCACGGUGGAAUGAGCCAAUGUUUGAGGGCGUGGCGGCGACGUCGGGCUCGUCGGCACGGUACGCCCCGAUGGAGGGUGUGGUGGCGACCGACCCGCUCUCGCUCCCGCUGUACAUGGCACUCGCAGAUGUGGUGCCGAAGCGCAACCUGUACUCUGCAGUUGUGGCUGCGAUGGCAGUGACGCAGGAGCACAACCUGACACUUUCGCUCCUCAAGGCGCUUGUGGAGCACGAGGUUGCAGUGACGCUCAACGCCGAAACGCUGUUCCGGCAGAACUCGGCGGCGACCAAGCUGUUUCAGGCGUGGGGCAAGCUCCGGGCGGUGGAGUAUGUGCGGCAGACCAUCGGAGUCCUUGUCCUCGAGUGCCUGUACCAGUACAACCAGGUCCACAGCACGCGCAACAAGGAAGGAGGCGACGAGGUCGAGCUCGACGGCGGGUACACAGGGACAGCGGGCCUCGAGGUGGACCCGACGCGGCUGACCGAUGCCGACUCGCUGGACGUCAACAAGUACAAGCUGAUGACAACGUGCCAGACUUUCCUCGAGUCGAUCUACCGCUCAUCCGGACGGUGCCCGAGCUCGCUGAAGGAAGUGCUCUCUUACGUGGCGACGACCGUGGGGACGGCGUACCCGAGCAAAGAGGUGCAGGGCAUGGGCGGGUUCUUCUUCCUCCGCCUCUUCUGCCCGGCCAUCACCUCGCCGCAGGAAUACCUAAUCUCGCGCGACGAAGUCUCGCGCGACGAGCGCCGGUACCUCGUCUUGGUGGCCAAGGUCAUCCAGAACGCGGCCAAUGGCGUCAAGUUUGGCAAGAAGGAGGAGUUUAUGGUCCAGCUUAAUGACCUCGUCGAGUCAAACAUUCCCAAGAUCGAGAACUUCUUCACCCAGUCGCUCUUUGCCGGCUCGGACGCCGAGGCCGGCUCGUUUGCCGGCCCGACCGACGCCAACGAGCCCGUCCCGGCCAUGGUCCGCUACAACGCGCUCGCCACCCUCCAUACCAUGGUUGCCGAGUCGAGCCAGGAAAUCCUUACCUGGCUCGACGAGCACCCGGUCGAGGGCGCUGACAUUGCUCGCAUGCAGGUCGCCGCCAUCAUGGCGCUCCCGGCGCCGCCGGCGCCUGCUGCACGGACGUAGAGAUCCUUUUCGUAAACCAACACAUGCACACA